AUGGCCGCCGCCGCCACCGACACCCCCACCCCAGCCGGCGGUGAUCCCCGCCCUGGACAUCUCUCCCGGUCGCAGGAAGAUCGGCGUAAGGAGGAGGAAGGAUCGGAUGAAUCGGAGGAAGAGGAGGUGGAGAGCGACGAUGGUGAGGAGUCGGAUGUCGACAGCCUCGCGGGCCUCUGCGACCUCGACGCGGGCUCCGACGAGGACCCCACCUUCGACCCGGGCGCCGACGGGGACCUGGAGGUGGAGGCUGUGCUGCGGGCCAGGAUGAGCAGGAUGUCCAUCUCGGCCUCGGCGCGCAAGGGCAGGAAAGGGUCAGCGGUGCCGAAGAUGGGAAAGGAGGAGACUGACCUUCUGGCCAUGGUGGACAAGCUCAUGCAGGAUGGUCAGCUGGAAAAAUUGAAGGUUUAUGAAUGUAAAGCAUAUUUGCGGAUGCACAAAUUAAGGUUGACAAGCAAGAAGGAAGUGCUCCUAAAUCGAAUAAGAGAGCAUAUAGAGGUGAAAAAUGAUGGAGAGGUGAAGUAUCCAGUGUCAAGCUUUGUUCUGAACUGUAAAGGUGAUGCAUGCAAAGGAGAUGUUGUGAUGUUUGAGCAGAACAUUUACAAAAGGAUGAAGGACAAUAAGAUAAAAAAACAGUGGAACGUGAACCAAAAACAGCCACAAGAGCCACAACAAAAGGUUGAGUCCACGAAUAAUGUUAAGCAAAGGGUUAAUGGGAGGAAAGGCCCUUCCUUCCAAAAUGGUGAACCUGGGAAUACAAGGCAGCAACAUGUAUCUUCAAAGGCUACUUCUACACAUCACAAUGAAUUGCUCCCACAGAAGGGUUCGGCAAGAACUUUCAAGCCAGAGCUCAUCGAUUAUCAGGUCUCUUCCAUUCAAUAUGGAGGAAUGCAGCAAAAACUACUUUCAAAUCCCACUCAUACUCAGCAAUUGUUCAAGAACUCAAGUCCUCACCAAAGUUUUCAACAAGAAGAUGAUGCCCUGACACAGGAGGGUGCAAUUAGAACUUCCAGGAAAGCAUUCAUAGAUCAUCAUGUCCUUCCCAACACAAUAAAGGAUCAGGGAACACAAGCCAUCACCAAAUAUCUUCAAAGCCCACUCCAAUUUUCAAGCCACGACAGGUCCCCAAACAUCAAGGCAAGAAUGAAGCGGAUGGUUUGA